CUCACGUAGCCGCACCACCGACCAACUGGGGAACGUAAUACGUGACUUCCGGUUUCGGAAGUAGCGUGGCGUCACUUCGCAGUGGAUUGUGGGAAGUAGCGGUGUCAAAACGGUCAACGUGCUGAAGCAGUGUUUUCAAUCGGGGUUUUAAUAGCGUUAAUGAUUAAAUGGCGACUAAACCGGAGCCGCUGAAACGCUACAUCUGCUCUGUUUCCGGCUGCGCGGCGGCUUACAACAAGCAGUGGAAACUGGACGCUCAUCUGUGUAAACACACCGGAGUGAAGCCGCACACAUGUCAGCAGGACGGCUGCCGGAAGUCCUUCUGCAGCUCCUACCAUCUGACCCGACAUGAGCUCACACACACCGGGGUAAAGCCCUUUCAAUGCACCGAGGACGGCUGCAAGGAGGCCUUCACCACCAACACAAAUCGAGCCAGACACAUGACUAGAGUCCACACUCAGGAGCACAAGAAGUACGAGUGCAAAUAUGAAGGCUGUGGGCUGGAGUUCAAGAAGAAGGAGCAGCUGAAGUCCCACAUGUGUGAGCAGCACACCUUGUUACCCCCUUAUAAGUGCACUCAUGAAGGCUGUGAGAUGAAGUUCACUGUGCCCAGUAAGCUGAAGCGACAUGAGAAGGUGCAUCAAGGAUACCCCUGCAAGGAGGAGGGCUGCAGCUUCACAGGGAAGACCUGGACGGAGUAUCUGAAGCACAGGAAGGAGCAGCACAGGCCCACAUUGAAGUGUGAGCAGUGCAACAAGGAGUUCAAGGACUCCUGGUUCCUGCAGCAGCAUCAGUACGUGCACUCUGAGACCCGGGUGGUACUCAAAUGCCCCAAAGAGGGAUGUGACAGAUCCUUCACUAAGAUGUUCAACCUGCAGAGCCACAUCCGCUCCUUCCACGAAGAGGAGAGACCCUUCACCUGUCCCCACGCAGGAUGUGGGAAAACCUUCGCCAUGAAACAGAGCCUGCAGCGUCACAACAUCGCUCACGACCCGCAGAGGAAGAAGAUCCAGAGGCAGCAGGCGAAGAGAUCUCUCGCUUCCAGGUUGAGCGGCUUGAGUGACACGAAGAGGUUGGUUUACAAGAAGACCAGGCAGACGGAGAGGAAGCCUGCGCAGACACGGAGUGAUCCUCCGGGUCCUGUGGAGCUGGUGUCUCUGCUGCAGGACACGUCUCUGCUGUGCAGCCCCGCUGUGGACACACAGGGACUCACUGACGCCCUGACAUCCCCUCUGACUGUGUAGACUCAGACGCAGAGAGUACAUUUGUCCUGCACGAUCAUUUCAUGGUUGUUUGAGGUCAAAAACAGGUCCUUAUCUCGGACACUGUUUUGGUUUUGUAGGCAGGAGUAUAAAGAACAAACAAAGUUGAAAAUGAAUCCUUGCCGCAAGAUAUUUUGAUUUGGAUCUUUAACCCUGGCUGGUUUUUAUGCAUGGUGUCUGUUUGUGUUUAAAUGAUUCUUUUGGGGACUUGUGACGGAGCGGGCCCCGUCACAGGACUUUUCUGGAGUCAUUAAAUCUCUCUCUGUAUUUUAUAUCUAAGAAUAUGUUUCAAACCCAACAUUUCAAUCAUGAACACGCCCUGGUAUCACCUCUGAUUGUGUAGACUCAAAUACAGGGAGAUCAAAUGUCAUGCAUGUUCAUUCUACUUGGUUGUUUGAGGUCAAAAACAGGUCCUUAUCUCGGACACUGUUUUGGUUUUGUAGGCAGGAGUCUAAAGAACAAACAAAGUUGAAAAUGAUAUUUUGACUUGGAUCUUUAACCCUGGUUUGAUUUUAAGCAUGGUGUUAGUCUGUGUUUAAAUGAUUCUUUUGGAGACUUCUCUGGAGUCAUUAAAACUCUCUUUCUGUAUUUUAUAUCUUAGAAUAUGUUUUUAACCCAGCAUGUUAAAAAACGUCAACAAUGAACAUACCCUCAGAUCACCUGACUGUAGACUCAAUCAAAGGGAAAGCUUUGUUAUGCAAUAUCUUCUACUUCGGUUGUUUGAGGUCUUGGUGUUGUGUCUGUGGGGAAACAAUGAAUUUGAGAUACUGUUUGCUUUGUAUGGAAGAGGAUUAGGGCCACACGAGAACAAGUACAUUGUACUUUUGGUCAAAUGUGUUCUCAUGUGGCCCUAAUCCUCUCUAAACAAAACAUUAAAGCACAGCAAUAUAUUCUGUCCUUUUUCUGUGUUUGAAUGAUUUUUGGAGACUUUUCUGGAGCCAUAAAAUCUAUUUGUAUGUAAAUUAUACCUAAAAAAAAUUAAAAAUAUAUGACUUUGCACAAAGACAGGGUUUGUUCCAAUCACACCUGAUAAUGAAUGUAUGUUGUGUAUAGUAUUUUUUAAAGAAGGACUUAAUGUGAUGUCCUGUCUGAGAGCCUGCUGUCAGAGUUAGGAGCUGAUCACUUUCAAAGAAGAGUCCUCAAGACACAUUGUGAUCUGGGUUUUGGCUGUUAACUAAUCAAAAUGUGGCUAUUUGAAAGUUAUUAUAUAAUCUGACAGGUGAUAAAUGGACAACCUGCUCUACCUCCUGAGGUCCGACAUGUUUAAACAUUUUCAAUAAUGACCUUUUCUGUUUAGGAUGAUGGUAAAAAAAACUGUAAAAUGUUGAACAGCAUACAAACCUGCAAGUUAGAUGAUACUGUAUACAUGUUUUUGAAACUCAAAAGAAUCCAUGCGUGUAAAACAUCCUAUGCUGUAGUGUAAUUACUACACUAACAUGUCAAAUGUAUUGUAUUUUCUACAUUAAAAACUAUGUACAC